AACCACCGCUCGAUGCUCCGCCGCUUGCUCGACUCGAUGUUCGGCAAAGCUCCCGCGCACGCCCAGCCUGGCGCCAACUACGUCUACAAGAUCGUGCCGCACAGCAGCGUCAACCCUCGCUACAACUUCCCCGUCCCGAUCCCUGCCUCGCACACCUUUGUCCUGAGCGAGCUCGACGCGAAGGACGGCUUCCUGCACAUGUCCAGGGCCGCACAGCUGGCCGGCACCCUCAACCGCUUCUUCAAGGACGACCCCAAGGUCGUCCUCCUCAAGAUGGACUACGGCCGCCUGUCGGGCUUCAAGAUUGUCAAGUGGGAGCCGAGCGGCAGCGGUGAGAUCUUCCCGCACCUGUACGCCCAACUCGAGGGCGAGAACGUCGAGGAUCACCUCGACCUCGAGAAGAAGCCGGGCGAGACGUCGUGGGACGCGGCGCUCGAGCGCGCUCGCCGCGCCGGCUGGCUGCAGGACUGA